CCUUGUUCGUUUCCUUUUUGUCUAAACUACCUCCCAUGCUCCACAGCCAUGAGUGAGCUUCUCGAGUUUCUGCGAACUCACGACGAAGCGUUCCGUAGCCGUGCCCGCCUCGCUUCACUGUACAGCGACUUCCGACACCAGCGAACCACGAACCCCGAUGGCUACACAGCAAACAGCUCGGCAUGGCUCCGUGCACUAUCUGCAGCAGCGAAAGCCGGCCUGAUCGCAACGCAGACAGACCAAGCGGGAGGAAACAGCAGAUUUGUGAUUGACAGCGGUGAAGCUCUGCUGCGGGCACUGAACACGCAAGAGUAUGGCAGACCGCUGGCACUGGGAGCGGUUUUGGAAGAUGCAGUCAAUAGCAAGGCACUGGUGCCCUUGAAGGAGUUCCUCGACCGGAAAGAGAGCCUCUACCACAAAACUUGGAUUCCGACGCCCUGGCAGGUUGUAAGCUGGAGCCUGCGACAACUCGGCCUCACUGGUGGGACGAGCGGAGACGACCAUUUGGUCAAGGGGAGCUUUGUGGUUGUGGCGAAUGUGGAGGCUGCAGCCAAAGCUGUGCUCGACGAAGCCAGCAGAAACAUCACAAGCGAUGCGGAGCGCGUCUUCUCCCGCGAGCUCUUCGAUGCGACAUUUGCCAAUACUCUGGGAGUGAAUGCGCUCAGCCCGAACGAUUUGAACGUGCUCCUGAGACAUCUUGCACGCGAUCGGAACGCCAUAGCAUACGAUCAAUCCUCUCAUGUUAUCAAAUUUGCCGCACCCAAUCAAGCCUCCGGCCUGACAAACAUCACGCCUGAAGACAUAUCUAUCGCCUCGUUGCGAACUCUUAUAUCCUCAUUACAGCCGCAGGUUGAUCAACUGACAACAAGAAUCUCUGAGCUAGAGGCCACGGCACGAUCUGCAGUGUCGGAGAAACAAAUGCUGAAGGCCAAAACUGCUCUGCGGCAGAAGAAAGCAGCUACCUCGAAGUUAGAACAGCGCACAGCGACGCUUGCUCAGCUAGAGGACGUUUAUGCCAAGAUCGAGCAGGCCGCCGAUCAGGUGCAGAUCGUCCACGUGCUGGAACAGAGCGGGCAAACACUGAAGAGUCUGAAUGCGCAGACAGGUGGGGUGGAGCGAGUUCAGGACCUCAUGGAGGGUCUGAGAGAGGACAUGAUGGAUACGGAAGAGAUUGGUAAUGCCAUCAAUGAGGUUGCCGCCGGUGAGGUCGAUGAAGGUGAGGUGGAGGAUGAGCUGGAGGCGCUUGAGCGGGUUGAGAGAGAAAAGGUCGAAGCCAAGGAGAAGGCUGAGCGUGACGCGCAAGAGAAGGUUGAAAAGGAGAGGAGAGAUAAAGAGGAGGCCAACGAGGCCGAGAAAACGAGAGCACGGCUGGCAGAGUUGGAUCGCGUGGCUGAGAACGGAGUACCGGUCACCUCAACCCUGGAGACGAAAGAGCCCGAUCCGCAGCGAGAGGCGGCUUGAGCUUGAGCACUCAGCGUCGCAGAUUGACCUGUCAUGACCAACACAUUCUCACGGGCACCAACUCGAUCUAUACGGGAGAAGGAAUGUACAGCGAUAUACAGCUCUGCCACAAACUCCGAAUAUCGGUGUGUAAAGACUCAUCGCUGGAAGCACCAAAAGGCGUGGUGUUGCAUCGACGCUCCCAGCUCCCAGCUUUCAGCUCGCACAUACCAGCUGCGCCAAAGCCAAUCAACGUACGGCUGCCUGGAGCGCUC